GUUGCUGCUGCCGCUGCCUCGGCUACCGCCGCCGUCUCUGCGGAACUCUGCGAGUAGAACGGCUGAGCCGGGAGGGGCCAGGGUUCCGGCCACUCUACAGAAUGGAGAUAAUCAGGAGCAAUUUUAAGAGUAAUCUUCAGAAAGUGUACCAGGCCAUAGAGGAGGCGGACUUCUUUGCCAUCGAUGGGGAGUUUUCAGGAAUCAGCGAUGGACCUUCAGUCACCGCAUUAACAAAUGGUUUUGAUACUCCAGAAGAGAGGUAUCAGAAGCUUAAAAAGCAUUCCAUGGACUUUUUGCUGUUUCAGUUUGGCCUUUGCACUUUUAAGUAUGACUACACAGACUCAAAGUAUGUGACGAAGUCAUUUAACUUCUAUGUUUUCCCAAAACCCUUCAGUAGAUCCUCACCAGAUGUAAAAUUUGUUUGUCAGAGCUCCAGCAUUGACUUUCUGGCAAGCCAAGGAUUUGAUUUUAAUAAAGUUUUUCGGAAUGGAAUUCCAUAUUUAAAUCAGGAAGAAGAAAGACAGUUGAGAGAGCAGUAUGAUGAAAAACGCUCUCAGGCCAAUGGUGCCGGAUCUCUGGCAUAUGUAUCUCCUAAUGCCUCAAAAUGUCCUGUGACGAUCCCUGAGGAUCAGAAGAAGUUUAUUGACCAAGUGGUAGAGAAAAUAGAAGAUUUAUUACAAAGUGAAGAAAACAAGAACUUGGAUUUAGAGCCGUGUACUGGGUUUCAGAGAAAACUAAUUUAUCAGACUUUGAGCUGGAAGUAUCCCAAAGGCAUUCAUGUUGAGACUUUAGAAACUGAAAAGAAGGAGCGAUAUAUAGUUAUCAGCAAAGUAGAUGAAGAAGAGCGGAAAAAAAGAGAACAGCAAAAACAUGCUAAAGAACAGGAGGAACUGAAUGAUGCUGUAGGAUUUUCAAGAGUCAUUCAUGCCAUUGCUAAUUCGGGAAAACUUGUCAUUGGACACAAUAUGCUCUUGGAUGUCAUGCACACAGUUCAUCAGUUCUACAGCCCACUGCCUUCGGACUUAAAUGAGUUUAAGGAGCUGACAACAUGUGUUUUCCCCAGACUCUUGGAUACUAAAUUGAUGGCCAGCACACAACCUUUUAAGGAUAUCAUUAACAACACAUCCCUUGCAGAACUGGAAAAGCGGGUAAAAGAAACACCUUUCAAUCCUCCUAAAGUUGAAAGUGCAGAAGGUUUUCCAAGUUAUGACACAGCUUCUGAACAGCUCCACGAGGCAGGCUAUGAUGCUUAUAUCACAGGACUGUGCUUCAUCUCCAUGGCAAAUUACCUAGGUUCUUUUCUCAGUCCUCCAAAAAUUCAUGUAUCUGCCAGAUCAAAACUCAUUGAACCUUUUUUUAACAAAUUGUUUCUUAUGAGGGUCAUGGAUAUCCCCUAUCUAAACCUGGAAGGACCAGACUUACAACCUAAACGUGAUCAUGUUCUCCAUGUGACGUUCCCCAAAGAAUGGAAAACCAGUGACCUUUACCAGCUUUUCAGUGCCUUUGGUAGCAUUCAGAUAUCCUGGAUUGAUGACACAUCAGCUUUCGUCUCUCUCAGUCAGCCUGAACAAGUGCCCAUUGCUGUCAAUACCAGCAAAUAUGCAGAAAGCUAUCGGAUCCAGACCUAUGCUGACUAUGUGGGGAAAAAACAGGACGAGAAGCAGAACAAGAGAAAGUGGACAGAGGAUGGUUGGAAGGAGGUGGAGAGAAAGCGGCUGAGCACUCAGGGUUUGUCCCAGCCGCUGCAGAGCCACUAUUACCACCCCAACAGCUUUUCAGCUACCAGCAGAGUCGGAAAGAGAAAUCUGAGUCCUAGUCCAGGAGAAGACAGAGUAUCGGGGGAGAUUUCGGACUCUGAGCUUGAGCAGACAGAUUCCUGUGCAGAGUCCCUCUCAGAGGGAAGAAAAAAGGCCAAGAAAUUAAAAAGAAUGAAGAAGGAGCUUUCUCCAGCAGGGACCACUGAAGACAGCCCUGCCAAGCUCUUUGAAGUUCCUGACACGUGGUAACCAAGACCCGAGGGGCACACUGCUGGUGCUGUCCUGAGGAAGAGCGGCGGCUCCUCGAAGCCAUGCUGUACUUACCUUAAUAAAACGUGCUGUGGGAGGGUCGAAGCCCCGUCUCCUGAAAGACCAGCUUUUAUCUUUGUGGCCAUGUUUCUCCUUUUCCUUUUUUAAUCUAAACUAACUGUUGACAACAUCACGGUUGUAGGCUGUCGUGGAUGUGUGCAUCGUUAACCAGCUAAUCAUCUAAUACUCACGUGCCACCUUUCCUGGCACGAGUUCCACCGGGUGUCCAGGACUCACCUGAGGGAGGUGGCUGUGAGAGAGCUGAYGUGCGGGUCCUCUGGUCAUGGCCUGGGUUCGGCACUCCUGCUUGGAGAGGUGCUCCUCAGUCCUCUGCUACCCAGGUGGCAGGGCAUUGCAGGUCAUGGUCAGCGUCCUGCUGCAGCGAGCGGUUGUGGGUCCCUGCUUCCCCAUAGCUUCCCCAUAGCUGCCUGAACCCAGGAAGCACUUGGGCCUCUCUUUCUGGCAGAAAGAUGCCUGACAGCGUGGACCCAUGAAGGAGCGUGGGGACUGCCCAACUGCUGUUUUUCUGAAGAUCUGAGCUUCUGUUGGGGGGUGUCCAAGUAAAAGGUCAUUUCUGUUCUUACAUAGUGCCGCGUGCACCUUGCGGUGUCUUCACCUGUCUUUCCCGCUUCUAUGUGUUUGGGGUGCGGUGGCGUGUGUGCGGACGUGUGUGAGUGAAAUUCAUGGCAAAUCAACCWCAUGUAGCAGCCUGUUAUGUGAACAGAUCGCAACAGCAGCAAAACACCCUGGAUCUCUCUCAGUAGAUCUGCUUUCAAUAGAUCAUUGUUAGAUAUUUAACAUUUUUGUAUUGUGGAAAUAAAAAUUAAAAAA